CAAGUUAAUAUAUGUAGGUAGAACUAGGGAGAGGGAGAGGAAAGAUUAGAGAACUAAGAAGAGAGAGGAAAGAUUAGAGAGAUGGAAGAGAGGCUUGGAGGGAUAGGACACAUGUUGACAACGGUUUUUCUGUCAUCAUUCGCUGGAUUCUUGGUAAGGCCGGUCAUGACUGACGUCACCGUCGCUGCGGUUUGCUCCGGAUUAAAGGAUUCAUGCUCUCUUGCUGUUUACCUCACCGGACUACAACAAGUGACAGUAGGACUUGGGACAAUGGUAAUGAUGCCGGUAAUCGGGAAUCUUGCCGACAGGUAUGGAAUCAAGGCAUUGCUCACUCUUCCCAUGUGCCUCUCUAUAAUUCCUCCAGCAAUAUUAGGGUAUAGAAGGGAUACGUUAUUUUUUUACGCAUAUUAUGUGAUCAAGAUUCUAUUCGAUAUGGUCUGCCAAGGCACCGUUGACUGUCUCGCUCAGGCUUAUGUGGCAAAAAAUAUUUAUGGAACACAGAGAAUAUCAAUGUUUGGAGUUUUAGCAGGUGUCAAAUCAAUUUCCGCAGUUUGUGCAACAUUUGCAGCUCGUUUUCUACCCACAGCUUCGACUUUUCAGGUUACCGCUUUAUCAUUGUUCGUUGGCCUUGUGUACAUGAGAAUUUUCCUAAAAGAGAGAUUACACGAUGAUGAUGAAGAUGACUAUGAUGGUGGUGCUGAUGAAAGGAUGUUAGCAGAGCCAAUUCUAAAAAUUGCACCAACUAAGACACAUGUCUUCCACAAUAAGUAUUCUUCUUUGAAAGAUAUGCUCCAUUUGAUGAAGAAUAGCACCAUACUCGUUCAAGCAUUGGUCGUUACAUUUUUCGUUACCUUCUCACAAAGUGGAAUGGAGUCAGCUUUCUUGUAUUUCUUGAAAGCCCGUUUUGGGUUUAAGAAAAAUGACUUUGCUCAACUCUCCUUAUUGGUUUCGAUCAUUGGCUCAAUAUCCCAGCUUUUUUUAUUGCGGAUAUUGGUUUCCGCCAUUGGAGAACGUAGGGUGUUAUCAACAGGGCUUCUUAUGGAUUUCUUCAACGCAUUAAUUCUCAGUGUUUCAUGGUCACCAUGGGUUCCUUAUGCCGCCACAGCCCUUUUACCUGGAGUGAUGUUUAUAAUGCCAGCUAUUUAUGGUAUUGCCUCAAGACAAGUUGGGGCGGCUGAACAGGGGAAGGUCCAGGGAUGCAUAUAUGCAGUCAAGUCAUUUGCAGAAGUCGUGGCUCCAUUUGUAUAUAGUCCAAUUACAGCAUUGUUUCUCUCCGACAAUGCACCGUUCUAUUUCCCUGGAUUUAGUCUUCUAUGCAACGCCUUAUGUUUGAUGAUCGGAUUCCUUCAGAGUCUUCUGAUUAAAGACUCCCUCUUCGUACACAACAAUUAGCAGCGCUUCCAACGAGGAAGCUUAACAAGUUCAUAGUUUUCUUUUUGACUAAAUAAAGUUAAUAGUUCAUGAAGCUAUAUAUAAAAACUGUAAUUUGUUAUAUAUAUAUAUAUAUGUAUAUAUAUAUUUAUAUAUAUGUGCUGUGAUAUUUUGAGAAUGUAAUGAAUUUUUUAAUACACCUAUUAAAUCGUGCAGCAAGAAUUUGUCAUAGUGAAGUAGUUG